AUGUCUUGCUUCCCGUAUCCCCAACAUACGGAUGUAGAAUCAAUUCGAGUACCUCUGAUAGCACAAACCCAAUACUCAAUAACAGGACAACCCAAUUUCCUGGACUUGUUCAAGAGGGUGCUCGAUGCAAAAACGCAAAAGAUCAACGCUGCUGAAUCUGAUGCGCAGGAGAGCGCUAGAUUGUCUCUGAGCCACUCGAUGGCUUCAGGCAUUCAGUCAUGGCUGUUCUUCGGUAUAGCAUCUGAAGCGCUAGGUCGAAACAUCAGACAUGAGGAAUUCGCAAGCGCUGACCCUGGUGGACCUCAUCUUUACAUUGAUCUUCGCAUGCCAGAAUGGUACUGGCGGGAGCUUAAAGCUCGAUGGGAUGAACUGAAUGACAGCCUCACUGCUGCUGAGUUCGAAGCCAAGAGGGCUCAACUGAAAAAAAUCUACAAGAGCGCACAGAAUCUCGUCAUCUUAAUGGACUUUCUAGCAGAUGGUCUGGGCGACGAUAAGCUUACAGAAAUCCUCCUCUCAAUGCACAUGCUGUUAUAUCUUGUGGCAUUUGUCCUCGAUUCUAAUACGCUCAAGGUCACCCAGACGACCAUUAGCUCAGCAUCAACAAAGUUACUCAAGCGCAGAAUGCUCAAGAAUGGGUGGUGCGAAAAGAGGUUGAACUUUCUGGCUGCAUCUCCAAUGUCUUACCCAUCAUUUUACUUCCUAUCGUCUCUCAAGCCACCUCGCAUCAAUGCAGAAGAUCACUCGAGCUGCAGUAGCCAGAGAUGUCUUGUUACUAGUAGGUUGUCUGGGCCUCUCCAUCGCACUGGCGAAUGUCUUUGUGAAGAUGUCUUCGUUCCGGUCGACAGGGUGAACACCAUCGUGGCUGCCGGAGGGAUUCCUUUGGUCAGGAUUACACGGUCACCGCUUAACAAGAUUGAGCUCGAGGUGGUUCCAUAUACGCCAUCCUCCAGAUUUAUCGCAAUAUCUCACGUCUGGGCUGAUCAACAAUUCGGAUCUGCUCAGAACUGCUUACCCAAAUGUCAAGUCGGAUACCUUGAAGAAGUGCUCUCGAAUUUGCCCACCUCCAUGGAUCAUUGGGGAUUGCGUGAAUGGGUUGCAAAUUGGCAGUCUUCUCGGCCAGGCGAGAUCGCACCGCCGAGUUCCGUAUACGAAUACUUCUGGUUGGACAGCUUUUGUAUACCUCAAGCUGUCGAACACACCGACCUUCGAAGCAAAGCUAUCGGGUCAAUGAACCCCAUUUAUGCUGCGGCAUCCCACACAAUCGUCUUUGAUAAGGGGCUGCAGGCCGUGGACGCUGGUCGACGCCCGGCUUCCCUUGCGCAUGGUGGGCGUCCGACCUACUACAGUCCUCAAGACGAAAACUUGCUGGAUGUUGUGGCAUGUAUAUAUGCUUCAAAUUGGAUGGGCAGAGCGUGGACUUUGCAGGAGGGUAUCCUGUCAGGACAUAUUGUUUUCACACUCCACGGAUCGUUGGCGUACCUCAAGUUGCUAUGGCCGCAUUACGAUGACGGCUUUGGUGGCUUCUGGGAACACCUCGUGAACAGAAUCCCGGAGGACAUAAGGCGAUCAGCUCGCGAUUUGCUUCCGCGUAGGAGAAAAUCCAAGACCACGGUCAGCAGGCGACUGCAAGACGAGUCUGAGCCAUUCCGUGAGCUAGUGCGGCAUGAACUCUUGACAUAUAUGAAGAAGUCUUUGAAUGUCGAAGAGUACAAGGAUUACGCGCGAACUUCGACUGACCGAGCAGCAAGAUUUGUCAAAGCUCACUCUCUCCUCCAAUCUAGAACGACAACCCAGGCCGAAGACGUUCCACUGAUUUUGAUGAAUAUGUCAUGCAUGAAUGCGAAUGCUAUAUCACAAAGUAAAACCAUUGAUGCAAGGAUGAAGCAACUAUUCUACGGCCUCGAAUCACUUCCGACCGAACUUCUCUUUUCUGAUUGCGCCAGACUUGGCACAUGCACCAUGGAUGCUUGGAUACCACAGGAGAUAACUCCCGAGAAAUUUGAGGGCAAGCACACUCUCAAACUUGGCUCAUCGGGUUUCACCUUUGAGACUAGAAAAGGCGCUCAAGCUCUCAAAUUCUAUCAGCUGCCACCGCAUCGAUCGGAUCGCUUCCUGCUCCUGCUACCGGAUCAGAAGGACGCAAAAGGCCUCAGAUACAACGUUGAAGCACUGCGGAGAUCGAAGGACAGGCAGCCUUCCGCACCCACAAGUGAAUGGUAUAUUGUAGUCGACAAUAAACCACCUGAACGAGGAGCACGAUUCGUCGCCCAUCGCACUGUGGGCAACAAGUACUUCCUCCACUUCGACUGCCCUCUACGUCUAACCGAGAUCGAUGAUGACUCGAAAAGUCCUAGCGAUGCUCAACAGGACCGAAAGCACGAAUAUGUUGCAGCCAGUCUGGACGGGGAAUUCAUCAUUGAGCGCAGUUACGAGCCACAAGACUUGGCCAUUUCGCGUCCCCAAAAUCCAGAACAAUAUUCGGACAGGCUAAUAGUCAUCGGUCACAUCAUUUGUAGCACAAUCAAUCUGGGACAGCGCUACUUGAUCAGAGCGAUAUGGGGCGACGAGAACUCCAUGAGCACGCUCUUCUACAUUUUUUACGGCUUGUACAUUUUCAAGCAACGCGAAUGGGUGGAAAAGGCCCUGAAUGCCUUCGUACACCGAGCAUGGAUGGCAACAUACCAGGCGGAUUGGGACCCUAAUGGACCAUGGAAGUGGUUUUGGAAGCUGUCGAACUGGGAGCCACCGAUCCGUUUCAGCACUUUGACUAAAUGGUUAUGCUCCUUUGGUUUCUUUCUUCAUUUCGAAACCAAUGGUUGGUCAGGAGUGGCGGUUGUCACGCUGUAUUGGCUGCCCCUGUUUCCGAGUCAGGAACUGGUGAUUAUGUAUGUCAUCGCAAUGUUCACCAAGAUUGUUCUUUCGUUAUAA